AUGAUGAAACAACCAAUCGGAUUAGCUUCUUCAAUAUGGGCACCUCUCAAGCAGCGCUCCCGCGACAGCUCCAACCCGUACGCUAUCUAUGACAGCGCGCGAUCCCGUUCUGUGCCGCCGCCCGCACCGUCUACGACGACUCCCGCGACACCAAACAGCACGCCACUGGGCACUCGCACAUCAACCACACUCGCCGCUGGCUUGAAGCCUCCCCAGGCCUUGCAACGCUUCGAGCAGGCGUGCCAGCGGCUACGAUGGAAGUAUCUGGACCUCGAGGCUGCCUACGAGCGAGCGAUAGCGCCCUCCGCCUGGGCCUUCACCCCCGAUGACGCCGAGCGCAACUUUAAAGUCGACUUUUACGAGUUUUAUGCGUGGAUCGAGCAGGCAAUUGUCCUUCUUCUGCUCGUCUUUGCCGUCACGAUCCCGCGGGAGCGCGGCAGCGGCGGAAGUCGAGGCGGCUCAUCGUCGCAUGCGUACCAUCACAACGUUUUGCGAGCGCUGGACGAGGAACCCAAUCCGCUACAUGAUGUACUUGGCAGGGGUGACGUGAACCAGGCUCUGUGGAAGGCCAAGGAGCUGCGGAACCGCUGGAAGGACGCGGCCGAGGGUCGAGAAACUCCGCCACUCAAAAUGUAUGACCUUGCAUGGAUUAUGGGCACGGUGCUACGAGGUCUGGAGGAAGGCUACAACUUGGCGAAGAGAACCGCGACAGUUGAGGAGAUUAUCGUGGACAAUCCUGAUGAUAGCGGCGAAGGCUGGGAUUGGAUGGUAGAGGCCAUGGACUGGGAAGCCUAG